AUGUCGAAGGAUCCGUCAAAGCCCGAGCCAAGGCAGCCGGAGCAUGACCUGGCAGAUGAGAUCAGCUCAGUCCCGACUGUCGAGGAAGAGAAGAUUGAAAGAAAUCUGAUGAGGAAGAUUGAUUUACAUAUCCUUCCUUUUGUGGUGCUGCUCUAUUUGUUCAGUUUCCUGGAUCGCGUGAACAUUGGAAACGCGCGACUCUACGGCCUGGAAGAGGAUCUGGGUUUGGUUGGCAACCAGUAUCAAGUUGCCGUGUCGAUCUUAUUCGUCACUUACUGUCUCUUCGAAGUGCCAUCCAAUUUGGUCAUCAAGAAAUUGACACCGUCGCGUUACAUUGCGGUCAUCUCCGUCUUAUGGGGGAUGAUUGCCACUCUCACGGGAAUCUGUCAGAGCUAUGGUGGUCUCCUGGCUUGUCGUGUUCUGCUCGGCGUCGUUGAGGCGGGGCUGUUCCCCGGUUUGAUGACUUACCUGACCCUUUUCUACAGCAAGAGGGAAAUUGCUCUGCGAACGGGGUACCUCUUCAGCAGUGCCGCCCUCGCAGGCGCAUGUGGUGGUCUCCUCGCCUACGGGAUUGGUUUCAUGGACGGUAUUUCCGGACUCCGUGGAUGGCGUUGGAUCAUGAUUAUUGAAGGAAUUCCCACCGUGAUCAUGGGCGUGAUCACUUGGUUCUUUUUGGCGGAUGAGCCAGACACGGCAUACUACCUCGACGAAGACGAAAGAGCACUCGUCGUCCGUCGCCGCAGCCGCUACGUGGGCCAGACGGCAUCCGCGCAGAAAUUCCACUGGGCAGAUGUCAAAGAGGGCGCACUGGACUGGAAAAUCUAUGCUUUUUCUAUCGGGCAGUUUGCCGUGGAUACCAUGUUGUACGGGUACAGUACCUUUUUGCCCACGAUCAUCAAGGGGAUGGGUCGCUGGUCUAUCCCCGAGGUGCAAGCCUUGACGAUCCCCUGUUAUGGCCUCGGGGCAAUUGUCUAUCUCAUUGUGGCUUGGCUGAGUGAUCGCACUCAGCGUCGAGCAUUGUUCAUCUGCCUCUUCAGUGUCAUCUCGGUCAUUGGAUAUGGUAUUCUCAUCAGUGACGCUUCCGCGGGGGUGCACUACUUUGGUGCCUUGUUGGUGGCCCUGGGCCUGUACGUUACGGUCGGACUUCCGCUCGCCUGGCUGCCCACGAACCUGCCUCGAUACGGAAAGCGCACAUUUGCCACCGGACUACAGCUCACAUUCGGCAACAUCAGCGGUGUCAUGGCCCCUUUUCUAUACAAAAACGCAGAAGGGCCUCGAUUCAUUCGUGGCAACGCAGUCACCCUGGCCUUGGUGGGAUUUGCUGGUAUUCUCUACGGCAUGAUGUGGCUCUACUUGAACGCUGUGAACAAGCGCCGCGCUCGGGGGCUUUAUGAUGAGAAGAUUGUCUCUUUAUCCGAGGCGGAGAUUCAGGAGCUUGGAGAUCGUAACCCGCGCUUUCGAUACAGCACUUGA